AUGGACGUUGGGAGCUGCCUGGGUUGGGCACAGCGCCUUGUUGGAGUCGCUCGCGCUGCGUUUUACAAAGGUGUCGAGCAGCUCCAGGCUGCCGGCCUCUCGGUGCUUCCCUGGCAGGCACUAACCGAGCAUCGUCGCUGUCACCCCGAUAACCUGGCCUUUCUGUUUCCCUUCUCUAGAUCGAGCUGGGAGCUGCCCGACCUGCGAGAAGGAAGAGUAAAAGCCAUCAGCGAUUCCGAUGGAGUGAGCUACCCCUGGUAUGGAAACACCACGGAAACCGUGACGCUGGUCGGGCCCACUAACAAGAUCUCCAGGUUCUCGGUGAGCAUGAAUGACAAUUUCUACCCCAGCGUGACGUGGGCUGUCCCCGUGAGCAACAGUAACGUGCCGCUGCUGACAAGGAUUAAAAGGGACCAGAGCUUUACCACGUGGCUGGUGGCCAUGAACACCACCACCAAGGAGAAGAUCAUCUUGCAGACUAUAAAGUGGAGGAUGCGAGUGGACAUUGAGGUUGAUCCCAUGCAGCUCCUGGGGCAGCGGGCACGGCUGGUGGGAAGGACUCAGCAGGAGCAGCCCCGGAUCCUGAGCAGGAUGGAGCCCAUCCCGCCAAAUGCACUAGUGAAACCCAACGCCAACGAUGCCCAAGUCCUCAUGUGGAGACCCAAGCGAGGCCAGCCUAUAGUCGUUAUACCUCCAAAGUAGAGCAGCACUGAGGUGCACACCGCUGUGCGCGCGUGAGGACUGUG